AUGAGGACUCUGCGGGAGCGCGGGCAGGGCGGAAGUGGCCUUGGCGAGCUCCCGGGUGUCCGCAGCGUCACUGGCGGAGGCGUGCCCGCUUCCAAGAUGGCGGCGGCAGCGGCGGCGGUGUCAGGCGCGCUCGGCCGGGCGGGCUGGAGGCUCCUGCAGCUGCGGUGCCUGCCCGUGUCCCGUUGCCAGUCAGCCGUGGUGUCACGUGCCUUCCAUGCUUCAGCUGUGCAGCUGAAGUCUUCAGAUGAGCAGAAGCAACAACCUCCCCCAUCUUUUUCUCAGCAACAUCCUGAGACACACAGAGCAGAAGAACCCAAGCCAGAGUCCCCUCGUCCACCCCCCAGGUACACAGAUCAGGGCGGUGAGGAGGAGGAGGACCAUGAGAGCGAGGAGCAGCUGCAGCACCGCAUCCUGACCGCAGCCCUGGAGUUCGUGCCUGCCCACGGGUGGACAGCAGAGGCCAUCGCGGAAGGAGCCCAGUCUCUGGGUCUCUCCACUGCAGCAGCCAGCAUGUUUGGGAAUGACGGCAGUGAGCUGGUACUGCAUUUUGUGACCCAGUGCAAUGCUCGGCUCACUCAUGUGCUGGAAGAGGAGCAGAAGCUGGUACAGCUGGGCCAGGCUGAGAAGAGGAAGACAGACCAGUUCCUGAGGGACGCAGUGGAAACCAGACUGAGAAUGCUGAUUCCGUACAUUGAGCACUGGCCCCGGGCCCUCAGCAUCCUCAUGCUCCCGCACAACAUCCCAUCCAGCCUAAGCCUGAUCACCAGUAUGGUGGAUGACAUGUGGCAUUACGCUGGGGACCAGUCCACUGAUUUUAACUGGUAUACCCGCCGAGCUGUGCUGGCUGGCAUCUACAACACGACAGAGCUGGUGAUGAUGCAGGACUCGUCCCCAGACUUCGAGGACACUUGGCGCUUCCUGGAAAACCGGAUUAAUGACGCAAUGAAUAUGGGCCACACUGCCAAGCAGGUAAAGUCCACUGGAGAGGCACUGGUUCAAGGACUCAUGGGUGCAGCAGUGACACUCAAGAACCUGACCGGUCUAAACCAGCGCCGGUGAGCGGAAUGGGGUGUGAGCUAGAGUGCCCAGAAGAAAAUCUGCAGAUACAUUGAAAGGGCUUUGAAAGAUAUGAAGUGCUGCCCAUGGAACAGGGUGUUAAUGAGAAAACACUGAAGGACUCCUGAGUCACUACGACAGCCACCUGGAAACCACAGAGCACUUGAUACAGCUGUAGCCUGCGAUCAGGCUACUUCUUCAGUUCUAAAUACCAGGCCAGGCCUCCUGAUGCCUUUCUGCAUUACCACUGUGUGACAAAAAAUGAGGCUCUCAUCCAAGCGUUCAAGCCACAGAAACCCGGCAUGUCCCUAUCUAUGGUCUCACAGAUACUUGAUCAUGUCUUAACCUUCCUAGAGUAAUCUCUGGGGCUCCCAAAUCAGAGUCAGGCUGUGAAACCUUUAUAAAGUGGCAGCCCAUCCCCAGCACAGCACAGACUUGUGCACACAGGCGUUCCUUGCACCCCUCCCCUUUCUGGUGUCCUGAGAUGCUGCACCUGGGAACCCCUCAGAAAGCUUCCUCACUUGAGACUGGUGCCUGCUGGACAGUGGUGCCCAGCCUGGCCGGAGGCGUGAACCCAGGCCGUUGUCGCAUUACACCAGCAUGUGUUGUAGGGUUAAGAGUCUGUACAAAUAG